CACUCGCUCACUGGCUCCCUCGCUCACUCGCUCUCCGCUCCUACCACCGCACAGCCGGCACAACCCAGGGGAGCCCGAGAGCGGGAGAGCCAGCGAGCCGGGGAGGGAGGGAGCAAAGGAGGGAGGGAACGAGGGCGCGCCCUGGCUCUCCCUCUGCCCUGCUGCCCGCCCUUCCUGCUGCCACAGCUUGUGUUUUCCAGACACCCUGGAGUCCCCUCAAGCUAGCCCGGCGGGCGCGCACCUGCCAGCCGACCCUGACCUCGAGGGCCAAACGGCCCCCGAGCCUGAGAAGAUGGCCCAGCCCAAGACCGACUGCCGUUCACCUGUCGGUCUCGACUGCUGCAACUGCUGCCUGGACCUGGCCCACCGGAGCGGGCUCCAGCGCGACAGCAGCGGAGAAAACAACAAUCCGGGCAGCCCUACCGUGAGCAACUUUCGGCAGCUGCAGGAGAAGCUAAUCUUCGAGAACCUCAACACCGACAAGCUCAACAGCAUAAUGCGGCAGGAUUCGCUAGAGCCCGUGCUGCGGGACCCCUGCUACCUGAUCAACGAGGGCAUCUGCAACCGCAACAUCGACCAGACCAUGCUCUCCAUCCUGCUCUUCUUCCACAGUGCCUCUGGAGCCAGCGUGGUGGCCAUAGACAACAAAAUCGAGCAGGCCAUGGAUCUGGUGAAGAAUCAUCUGAUGUAUGCUGUCAGAGAGGAGGUGGAGAUCCUGAAGGAGCAGAUCCGAGAGCUGGUGGAGAAGAACUCCCAGCUGGAGCGUGAGAACACCCUCUUGAAGACCCUGGCGAGCCCAGAGCAGCUGGAGAAGUUCCAGUCUCGUCUGAGCCCCGAGGAGCCAGUUCCCGACACCCCGCAGGCGCCUGAGGCCCCCGGUGGUUCUGCGGUGUAAGUGGCUCUGUCCUUAGGGUGGGCAGAGCCACUAAACUUGUUCUACCUAGUUCUUUCCAGUUUGUUUUUGGUUCCCCAAGCGUCAUCUCACGUGGAGAACUUUACACCUAGCAUAGCUGGUGCCAAGAGAUGUCCUGAGGACAUGGCCACCUGGGUCCACUCCAGUGACAGACCCCUGACAAAGAGCAGGUCUCUGGAGGCUGAGUUGCAUGGGGCCUCGUCACCCCCCGCCAGUGAGCCUCUCCUGCCACCGUGCCCUGGGGGCUCCCAGGGCCUGGGCAACUUAGCUGCAACUGGCGAAGGAGAAAUGUAGUGUGAGAUGUGACGCCAGUUUACUCCAGAAAGCAUAAGGGGUCUGUUUUUGUUGUUGUUGCUUUUUGUUUUUCAUUUCCAUGGACAUCUUCAGCAGCUUCACCUGACAACGACUGUUCCUAUGAAGAAGCCACUUGUGUUUUGAGCAGAGGCAACCUCUCUCUUCUCCCCUGCCUGGCCAGGGCAGGGCCACAGAUAGGAGAGAUUGAGCCAAGUCAGCCUUCUGUUGGUUAAUAUGGUCUAAUGCAUGGCUUUGUGCACAGCCCAGUGUGGGAUUACGGCUUUGGGAUGACCGCUUACAAAGUUCUGUUUGGUUAGUGUUGGCAUAGUUUUUCUAUAUAGCCAUACAUGCGUAUAUAAACCCAUAGGGCUAGAUCUCUAUCUUAGUGUAGCGAUGUAUACGUACACACACACACUUGUGUGCUGAAGGGCCUAACCGGCUUUGGGGUAUCAAUUGGUCCCUUAUCCCUUCAGGCUAAUCCUUUGACUGUGUUCAUUUAUUUACCAAGUUGGUCCGGUUUGUCCUUUAUGUUACAUAAGACUACAGAGUAGAGGUGGGGAGGGGGCCGGCCUCUGAAUGCGGCCACAGAUGCCUCGCUGCUUCAGCCCUUGCCCCAUCUGUCCCCGGAAGACACGGGAGGGGACAGCCUUUGCCCUAUCUGUCCCCUGAAGGCGCGGGAGGCCCCCUCUCGAAAGCCAAACCCACCAUCCACUGGUGCUGACUACACAGAAUGGGGUUGAGAGAAGACCAGCCAGGGCCUUCGCAUUGUCAUGAGAAAACUUUUAUUCUUUAACGUUUGUGGAAAACUCUA